CCCGCCCCGGAGCCAGAGCCCUGAGGCCGCCGCCGCCGCCGCCUGGCAGAGAGUUCGUGGGGCUGUCGCGGCGCGGAGUAUGGGGCUCUGAUGGCCAUGGACGGCUACAAGGGCUUUCUGGGGCUGCUGGUGUCGGCGCUGCUCGUCGGCUUCCUGUCCGUGAUCUUCACCCUCAUCUGGGUCCUCCACUACCGGGAGGGACUCGGCUGGGAUGGGACCACGCUCGAGUUUAACUGGCACCCGGUGCUCAUGGUCACUGGCUUCGUCUUCAUCCAGGGCAUCGCCAUCAUCGUAUACAGACUGCCAUGGACCUGGAAAUGCAGCAAGCUCCUGAUGAAGUCCAUCCAUGCAGGGUUACACACCGUUGCUGCCAUUCUCGUAAUUAUCGCUCUGGUGUCUGUUUUUGAUUUCCACAAUGCCUUGAGUAUCCCCAACAUGUACAGUCUACACAGCUGGGUCGGGCUGACAGUUGUCAUACUCUACAUCUUACAGCUACUCCUAGGGGUUUUCAUCUUUCUGCUUCCUUGGGCUCCACUUUCCCUCCGAGCACUUGUCAUGCCCGUGCAUGUCUAUUCUGGGCUCCUCAUCUUUGGAACGGUGAUUGCAGCGGUACUUACGGGAGUGACUGAGAAACUGUUCUUUGCCCUGAAUAGUUCUGGAUACGGUACAUUCCCACCAGAAGGUGUUUUCACAAAUACCCUUGGCCUCCUGAUUGUGGUGUAUGGGGCGCUCAUUUUUUGGAUAGUCACCAGACCACAAUGGCAACGUCCUAAAGAACCAAAUUCUGUCCUGCUUCAGCCAAAUGGAGGCACUCGAGAGGGAGCGGAAGGCUUAGCAGUCAACUUCAGCAAUGUGGACACGUCAGAUUCAAAAUUAAACAGUGAAACAACAGCGAAGAAAAGAAACUUGACCGUUGAUGAGGCUGGACAGAGAUCCACCAUGUAGAAUGUUGUAGAGAUGUGGCCAUAUAGCUUCACUUUUAAAAACCAGCUCUACAGUUUAGCUUCUCCUAUUUAGCCCCAGGAUGACUGAGCUCCGCAGAGUCAAUAUUUCUUUUAAUCAUAAAGUAGGAUUCCUUGGAAGAGUUUGUAUUGAUUGAGGCCUAUGAUCUUACCUGAAUUGGAAAGGAGAUGAUCUGUGUAAAUACUAGAAGAUAUAAAUGGUGGUUAUGUUAA